GCACUGUCAACAAUAAGCUGCUCACUGGGAUGCCCGUGCGACCAAAUCCACCAGGAGCAGCCGGCUUGUCACAUGACUAGCGUGCGCCGUGUGGGUUUAUUUCCGUGUUCACUCAGGACUGAAUGAACGGCCGCUGCUGUCAGACGCCUCCGCUUGCACCGCAAAACUGCGUCGCCGUGCGGGGACCAUCGGGCGGGGGGACUCACGCAAUCGCAUCGCCUGGACCCACGCUGCGGCUGGACCAUGCUUACGCGGGUGAAAUCGGCGGUGGCCAAUCUGAUGGGAGGCAUGAUGGCUGGUGGCUCCAACGGUGACCAUCUCGGCGGCUCGGAUCUGCCGCUGAAAUUCCCGUACAGCAGACCGGAGUUCCUGGGACUGUCGCCGGACGAGAUAGAGUGCUCGGCGGAUCACAUUGCGAGACCGAUCCUCAUACUCAAAGAGAGCAAGCGGCUGCCGUGGGCCACCGGCUACGCAGAGGUGAUCAAUGCAGGAAAGAGCACUUUAAAUGAGGACCAGGCCUGCUGUGAGGUGCUCAUGGUCAGAAGGAGACCUGCAGCAAGCUCCACACCCAGCCGGGCACCCAUGGCCCGCAGAAGGUCCUCCCUGCCCAACGGGGAGGGCAUGGGCCUCCAGGAGAACCUGGACACGGAGGGCAUUACCUUCCACUACUGGGCGUUGUUUGAUGGCCACGCUGGCACCGGGGCGGCUGUAGUGGCCUCCCGCCUCUUACAGCACCACAUUGCCCUGCACCUCCAGGAGGUGGUGGACAUCCUCAGCACUCCAAACCUGCUGCCCCCCACCUGCCUUGGGGAGGAGCUCAUCAAUCACCACCUAACCCCCACGUCCCACCGUGCCCUCACCAGGGCCGCCUCGCUCCGGGGCGCUGCAGGGGCUCCGGGUUCCCCCAGCACCCCGCCGACACGCUUCUUUACUGAGAAGAAAGUCUCACAAGAGAGCCUGGUGAUCGGUGCCAUCGAGAACUCCUUCAAAGACAUGGACAUCCAGAUAGAAAAGGAGAAGGCAGUCUACAACAUCUCAGGGGGCUGCACAGCUCUGGUGGUUGUCUAUUUACUUGGGAAUCUCUACGUGGGGAAUGCCGGGGACAGCAGAGCUAUCAUUAUCCGGGCAGGGGAAGUCAUCCCCGUGUCAACAGAGUUCACGCCAGAGUCAGAGAGACAGCGACUGCAGUUCCUGGCCUACAUGCAGCCCCAUUUAUUAGGGAACGAGUUUACCCAUCUGGAGUUCCCAAGGAGAGUGCAGCGGAAGGAGGUGGGGAAGAGGAUGCUGUACCGCGACUUCACAAUGUCGGGGUGGGCAUAUAAAACCAUCGAAGACGAUGACCUAAAGUUUCCUCUGAUCUACGGCGAAGGGAAGAAGGCUCGUGUCUUGGCUACUAUCGGAGUCACCAGAGGUCUUGGGGACCACGAUCUCAAAGUGCACGACUCCAAUAUAUACAUCAAGCCCUUCCUCUCCUGUUGCCCAGAGGUUAAAGUUUACCCGCUCUCGCAGUACGAGCAUGGCGCCGAUGACGUCCUCGUGCUGGGAACUGACGGUCUCUGGGAUGUCCUCUCCAAUCAGGAAGUAGCCGAGGCGGUCACCUCUUUCCUGGCCAACUGUGACCCCGAUGACCAGCACAGGUACACAAUGGCAGCUCAAGACCUCGUGAUGAGAGCCCGAGGAGUGUUGAAGGAUCGAGGCUGGAGGAUAUCCAAUGAGAGAUUAGGCUCUGGAGAUGACAUUUCUGUCUACAUCAUUCCACUAAUGUACGGCAACAAGCAGACCUAGCCAAGCUAUAGACCACCACGAAACCUUAGGCCAUAAGAGCAACAGUCUACCCUGCCUUGACCACCCGACUUCCCCUCUGCAGUUACCCCGAUCCCUUAUGCUCUUAAAAGUGCUUCAGUUUGGAAUCCCUCCCGUGGUGAGGGAUCCAAAACAUUUGUGGUCAUGUUGGGAUUUCUGUCCCAUUUUCUUUGCAGGAUUAUCUCAGGAUGAUCAAUAUUCCCUCCUUUUGUGUAGUGCUUUUUACCGAAACCAGUGGCAAACCUAGAUUGUGAACACAAUAGAGCUGAGUUGGUUCAUUGUUAGUGAGUCAUUUCUCUGUAAACCUCUUAAGUCUGUAUUUCACUGGAGAAUCCGUCCUGAACUUUGUCACGGUGCCGUGCCUAAUUAGGGGAGAGAGAACGAGCUCACAUUGAUGAGAUGUUGACACGCAUCUCAGGAUCGCUGUUACUAACUUAUGUUAAUGUACAAUAUUUAUAAAUGUGAAAAUGUAAAUACUCUGAGACAUAAGACAUUUGAUAAAUGUUUGCCAAGCACCUGUACAGUGUAUAGACCAGCCCGCAGAGGGAGAUGUAUAUAUGAAUCAUACCUCCUCUGUUCCAUGUAGGUUUUUAGUUUCCCAUCUGGCCAGUAUCAACCAUCCUCAUCUAUUAGUCACUUGUCAAAAAAAAAAAAGAAGGAGAAAAAAGCACGUCUCUCUAGACAGAGCAGUGUGUCAUAUAGCUUUAAGCCCUCAGAACAUGGCUCCCCUUUUACUACUGCACACUAACCAUUCUAGUUAAUUGCUUUCCUCGAAUAUGAAGAAACAUAUAUGUCUAUGAAGGUGCAAUCAUCAUAUAGUUUCUGGUCUGUGGCUCAGAAAAUCCCUUAUUAUGAAAGCUAGCUCAGUUUGUACAAUUGUAAUUCAUUCUGAUUUAAGAGAAAGAAAAAAAAAAGAAGACAUUCACAUUCUCUCUACUCAGUCACUCCCAGCCAUCUGCCUUCCUUUUCUCCUCUUCUUUUUAUCUGUUUAUUCUAUUUAAGUAGUGAUGUCACUGUCCUCUGGGUGGCUGAUCACACACUACAUUUGAUGCAUCAACAGAUAUCUGUGCCAUUACUUUGGUCAGCAGUUGAGUUUAAUUGUCAUCUGUUGUUCAUGUAACUAAGGCAUCUAUUCUUUAUAAGACACACAGAACAAAAGAAGAAAAAAAAAAAAGAAAAAAGUACAGCAUGAAUAUAACAUCUAACAAGACGUUGA